CAAAAUUGAACUACAGACUUGCAGCAAAAGGAGGUCCAACAGGACACGAGAGGCGUUCUGGUGCUAAAUCCCAACAGGCCCACAUGCCGCCCUGCGUGCGGGAGUGAAUGUGAAGCAAAACGAAAAGCAGAUCCACGCGAGGCGACACAUCCACGAGUCGGAUCAAGCAGGGGAGAAAGCAGCCGACAUGACUACGACAAGCCCCAAACCGCGCGGCUUGGUCCGGGAAGCCACCCACCAGAUUAUCGCUGGAGGCUCUGCAGGUCUGGUGGAGAUCUGCUUGAUGCAUCCUCUGGACGUGGUCAAGACCCGGUUUCAGAUCCAGAGGGGGACCAGCGACCCCAACAGCUACAAAAGCCUGGGCGAUUGCUUUCGUACCAUUUCCCGCAACGAAGGAAUCUUUGGCUUCUACAAGGGAAUUUUGCCCCCCAUCCUGGCCGAGACGCCUAAGAGGGCAGUCAAGUUUUUCACCUUCGAGCAGUACAAGAAGCUCCUGAAUUUGACCCCUUUGUCUCCGGGCCUGGCGCUGUCGGCAGCGGGACUCGGCGCGGGUUUGACCGAAGCGGUCGUGGUCAAUCCGUUCGAGGUGGUCAAAGUCAGCCUGCAGGCCAACAGAGACGCCUUCAAGCAGCAACCGUCCUCGUUCGCUCAGGCGAGACAUGUCAUCAAGACGGACGGCUUCGGAUUGAAGGGUCUGAACAAAGGGCUCACGUCCACCCUGGGACGCCACGGAGUCUUCAACAUGAUCUACUUUGGGUUCUACUUCAAUGUCAAGGAUGCCAUCCCGGCUAACCCGGACCCAACCUUGGAAUUCCUGAGGAAGUUUGCCAUCGGCUUGGUGUCGGGAACCAUCUCUUCCUGCGUCAACAUUCCCUGGGACGUGGCCAAGAGCCGCAUCCAGGGCCCGCAGCCGGUCCCUGGCCAGAUCAAGUACCGCACCUGCUUCCAGACCAUGGUGCUGGUUUACCGUGAGGAAGGGUACUUGGCUCUCUACAAGGGCUUGGUGCCAAAGGUCAUGAGACUUGGCCCAGGUGGCGCUGUGAUGCUGCUGGUGUACGAGUACGUGUCCGGGUGGCUCCAGAGGAACUGGUAAAGACCCGGCAGCCGCAAAGACCACGAGUGCCUUUUGGGAUGUAGUCCUUCCCUUUCAUACCUCGAAAGCAAAAGGUAUUUUUCUAUAAUGCAGUCACUUCAAAAUAAGUUGCAAAUGCUAAAAAACAGACAUGUAGUAGGUGAGGUCCAAAUCAAUAUUUGCUGAAUGCACUAUUCGAUAUUUUUGAAAAAUACUCUGAAGCUUUAUUUCAAGUGUUCAAGCUUUAACGUUCACUUGUAGUGAAACAUCUCAAACGUUGAGCCAGCCAUAUUUUGUACUGAAAAUCACCCACAAGGACAUGGAAACUGGGGACCCGUUAAAAAAAAAACCUUGAUCAGCUCUUUGCAGCCGCCAACGCAUAUCUUGCCAUGCAUAUCAAGAACACAGUACUGGCUUUUAUCUAUUGCAUGACUGAUUUUUUUUUCUAUAUAUAUUCCAAAUGUGAAUUUAAUCAUUUUAUUUUGUUGUUAUAAAACUGACGUGUAUCUGCAGGUAUUAACACUUUUUUUUUUAACCCAUUUUCGCUGACUUGUUUUCUUAACUUGGGUGUUUUGGGGCACUUUUUCACGCUGUCGGUUUGGAUGUUUGAUUUUCACUCAUGAAACUUCCGUCACCUUGAUUUGAGCAAUAAAGGGUUUUUUUUUCCAAGAAGGAAAGCAAACAUUUCACCUAUGCUGUUGCAUCUCCUUUUUCUAUGUGCCAAAUGUGAAAUGAAUAGAUUGUGCCUCGAUUUUAAAUGAAACAAACUGACGUGUGGAUGCAUCUACUGCCAAAUAAUUAAAAAAAAAAAACAUUUUUGA